UUGAAAAAAAAAAUAAAAAAAAUCAAAGUUUGUUUAUUUUGAUCUAAACAAACCCUAAUUUUUUUUUACACAUGGCGGCUGUAACUAUUCAAUCGGAAGAUAUCGUCGGCGUCGGUGGUGUAAUGAAAAGCCCUAAGUCUCCGCCGCCGUGGAGUUCGAUUGUCCAAGGUUCACCGGCGGCGGCGGCGGUGGAAGAUCAAAUUUUAAGUUCACCGGAUGAUUCGGAUAAUGGUGGCAAUGUGGGUAAGAAGAAGGCGGUGUGGAAUAAACCGUCGAAUAGCGACGGCGGUGUGGUUGAAGCUGCUGUGAGUCCUUUUAUGGGUGCAGUUUCUUGGCCUGCCCUUGGAGAGUCAAAAAGUAAAUCUUCGCCGAAAUCGUCGUCUUCCGAUUCUUUGAAGGAUAUUCCAUUGCUUCCUGCUUCACAAGUGAUGGCUGGAAAUUCAUCUCCUAGAUCACAUAAACUGAGUACUGUUAAUAAUGCGAAUCCUACUUCGACUUCAAACCAUGUAGCACCAGCCAAACAGAGGUCGAUGAAGCGGGGUGGUGGGAGUUAUCAUUCAAAUGCAUCAGCGAAUGGAGGCUUUUCUGCUUCUCAUAUGUCAGCAACGAAUCAGGGUUCGGUGGUAGAAAAUACUCACAAUACGUCUGGGAAACCUAGUGUUGCUGCUGUGGAAUCUUCUACUAGAGAUAACACACACAAUGAAUCACAAAGAGGAGGUAUUGGGUCACAACCACAUAAUGGUAAUGAUCACCAACAUCAACGGCAUACGUAUAGAAGGAGCAAUAGUGGCCAACAUUCACGUGGAGAUGGUUCUUACCAUCAUAAUUAUGGUAGUAAGCGGGAUCAGGACCGUGGGAACCAUGAGUGGAAUCAGCAUAGUAGAAGUUUUAAUGGGAGAGAUACACACAUGCAACCCCAGAGAGGUUACCCCCGGAGUUAUAUACGGCCAUCUGUACAUACUUCUCCGACAUUUAUUCCCCCACCAAUGACUUUGCCAGUCCGGCCUUUUGGCAACAAUAUGAUGUAUACUGAUCUGCCAUCUCCGGUGUUUUAUGUUCAAGGUCCACCACCUCCACCAGAGAGCCUCAGAGGUAUGCCUUUUGUUGGACCCAUUCCGCCACCCAUGUACUUUCUUCCAGAUCACAUGUUGCAAGGAAUUGAUCCCAUGUUGCAUGCUAAUAUAGUGAGUCAAAUAGACUACUAUUUCAGCAAUGAGAAUUUAGUUAAAGAUACGUACUUGAGGAAAAACAUGGAUGAACAGGGCUGGGUUCCUGUAAGCUUAAUAGCCGGCUUUAAAAAGGUAUUGUUUUUGACAGAUAAUGUUCAGCUAAUUCUAGACGCAGUCAGAUCUUCAACUAUUGUGGAAGUGCAGGGUGACAAAAUACGGAGAAGAAACGAUUGGAUGAAAUGGCUAAUGCACCCAGCUGCCGAGUACUCCAACUUGUCCAGUCCUCGGGCCGUUGAAAAGUCUCCCAAUCAAGAUAUAUUAACAUCACAGCUUCAGGGUGUUUCACUCGACGCAGCAUCAACAAACGUGGAUUCUGCUCAAACUUUUUCUUCAGGGGAAUUCAAUAACCAAUUGCAACAAGCUGGAGGACGGACUGACCAAAUAGGUGGUCAACAAGCAGGAUUGACUUGAAGUUCAAGUACAUGGGACUACCAUAUGCUAUAAACUUUAGAAGCAAGCAAUAUUUUUGAGGAGAGAAGACUCAUGGAAAUCCAUCAAAGUUUACAGGAAGAUAGAAAAAUGGGGAUAGAAGAAGCACAUGGAUGUCAGAGGUAAACAUGAAAUGGAAAACCAAAAAAAAAUCAAAAAAAUACAAAAAAAUGCAAAAAAAAUUGAAAAAUUUAAGAAAACCAAAAAAAAAAAAAAAAUUAAAAAUUCAAAAAUUAAAAAAGAAAAAGUUAGAAAAGAGAUUGGAAUAGCAGAGAAAUAUGAAAAAGAUAUAGAAUAUUAUGACUUUUCUAGAUGUAGUCUUGGUAUGUUGGAUAGAAUGAUUUUUUGAGGACAUAUUUCAAAAACUAUAUGGUGUCCAUUGUGUAUGUUCAAAUAUGUGUGCCAUGCAUCUCUUCAGCCAUCUUUA